CGUCAUAAAGUGAAAAAGAAAAUGUUAUCAAGGUUUAUAUUCAACAAGAAAUUGCCAGCUAGGCGAUACAUUUCCAUUUAUCAAAAGCUACUAGGGAAAACAUGGUAUCCAGACACCGAAUACUUUAAUCAAUUUAAAGGACCAGUCAUGUAUCCAGAUGAAACGACGUCCAAAUGGAAAACGUUACCUUGGUGCGCAAAGAAAAAGCCUAGAGAGAUGACGGUGAAAAAUAUUCGAAUCAACUUUGGACCUGCUCAUCCGGCCGCCCAUGGUUGUUUGAGACUGAUCACAUACUUGGAUGGAGAGAUAGUAAGAAGACUGGAUCCUCACAUUGGUUUGUUACAUCGUGGCACAGAGAAACUUAUAGAAUAUAAGACUUACGUGCAGGCAGUGCCAUACUUUGAUCGACUGGAUUAUAUCUCCGUGUUAUGUAAUGAACAUGCCUUUUGUUUAGCUGCUGAGAAGUUACUGAACAUUGAGUUACCAAGAAGAGCCAAAUAUAUCAGAACCUUGUUUGCUGAACUUACAAGACUAAUGAAUCAUUUGGCGUGUACAUCGUUCUUAACACUGGACGUUGGUGCUAUAACUCCCUUAUUUUGGUUAUUCGAAGAAAGAGAGAAGCUAUUCGAGAUAUGCGAAAGGGUAUGCGGAAGUAGGAUGCAUUGCGGAUAUUUUCGAAUCGGUGGAGUAGCUCAGGAUAUGCCUUUGGGUCUCAUGGACGAUAUAUAUGAACUUGUUAAAAAAUUGCCCGAGCGUUUGGAUGAAGUAGAAGAUCUAGCUUCGCACAACAGAAUGUUUAUUGCCAGGACAAAAGAUAUAGCCGUAGUUACAGCACAUGAAGCACUAAAUCGAGGAUUUUCAGGCCCUAUGUUAAGAGCAUCAGGAGUAAAAUGGGACAUACGGAAGGCUAAACCUUAUGAAGUUUACGAUGAACUAGAAUUUGAUGUCAUAGUAGGGACGAAUGGAGACGUAUAUGACAGAUUUAUUAUACGCAUAGAAGAAAUGAGACAAUCCUGUAGGAUGAUCCACCAGCUCUUGAGUAAAAUGCCCGAAGGAGAAAUUAAAGUUGACGACAAUAAAAUAUCCCCUCCUAAAAGAGCCGAAAUGAAGAAGUCGAUGGAAGGAGUAAUCCAUCAUUUCAAGUUAUUCUCCAGAGGGUUUAAUGUUCCUCCAGGAUCAACAUACACAGCUAUAGAACAUCCUAAAGGUGAAUUUGGAGUAUAUCUGGUAUCGGAUGGCUCCUCUAAACCGUACCGUUGCAAAAUUCGAGCUCCAGGUUUUAUUCACCUCUCUAGUCUAGAUCAUAUGUGCAGAGACUGUUAUUUAGCAGAUACUGUUGCUGCUUUAGCUGCAUUGGAUAUUGUAUUUGGUGACGUUGAUAGAUAAAGAGAAACUAGAAAUGUACAAUAAAAGUUUGCGUAAACAAUUUAAAAAAUAUUAUAAUAUGUAC